AAACUUGUAAAUUUUGCAAGUAGGUUCCAACUCCGACAACAUGAAUUAACCAAUUGUAAUAAAUGUGAAUGAUUAUCAAACUAAUUAAAAGAAUACUCUACAAUUGUCAGUACGUAAAACGCAGAAAAAGUACUUACAUACGUAUUUUUAAACCUAUUCGAUAGUAGCACACGUUAUACUCUAUAUAACGCUAAAAAGCGCAGACAAUUAAUGGUGUAAGCAAUAACCAAUUACCAAAUUAUAUAAUUUUAUGAGAUUGAGUUUCAUCUAAAGCCGGCAAAAUUAAUUACUAUUCUCAAUUUGAGGAUAUUCCGAUCAUGGCAAAGCCAGUUCUCUACUCAUACUGGCGCAGCUCUUGUUCAUGGAGAGUUCGCAUUGCUUUGAAUUUAAAAGAAAUACCAUAUGAUAUUAAAGCAGUGAGUCUGAUUAAGGGAGGUGGGGAGCAACACUGCAAUGAAUACAGGGAAGUCAAUCCUAUGGAGCAAGUUCCUUCCCUAAUCAUCGAUGGACAAACACUGAUAGAAUCUUUGAGUAUAAUGCAUUAUAUAGAAGAAACUAGACCUCAACGAUCCCUAAUGCCUCAGGACUGCUACAAAAGAGCCAAAGUCAGAGAAAUAUGUGAGGUGAUAUGUUCAGGUAUACAACCGUUACAGAACUUGAUAGUUUUGAUCCAUGUAGGUGAAGAAAAGAAGAAAGAAUGGGCUCAACAUUGGAUUACAAGAGGCUUUCGUGCAGUUGAGAAACUGUUGUCUUCCAUCGCAGGGAAAUAUUGUGUUGGGGAUGAAAUAACACUUGCAGAUUGCUGUCUUGUACCACAAGUAUUUAAUGCCAGAAGGUUCCACGUCGACCUAAGGCCUUUUCCAAUAAUACUACGUAUCGACAGGGAGUUGGAGAACCAUCCAGCAUUCCGUGCUGCCCAUCCAUCAGCUCAACCAGACUGCCCUCCUGAAGCAGCUAAAUAAACAUAUUUGACAGAGGAAGUUUUUGUUAAUAGAUCAAUUUAGAUUUGAACACAUUCCAUGUACUUAUAUAAUUUGGAUUUUAUGUAUUUAAUAUUAUUUAGUGUUGUUAUUUUUUUUCUUUGUUAUAUUAUUAUUCUAAAUAUAAAAGGAAUUUAUUAGAAAUAUUGUAUUUGAAAUGAUUAAAAUUUAUACUUAAAAUACUGUAAGGGGUUGACACCAGGGGUGGUUUGAUUUAGCUUGACUAAUUCGUAGGUAAUUAGACAUUUUGCAUGCUUUGAAGAAUGAAAAAGUUGGAGAAUUUUGUUUUAGGGUAGUGCAGCACAACUUUAUUGAGUGGUUUUGCAAACAUAUUUUAUUGCAUCAUUGCUUAGGUUGACUGGGAAAUUUAAACACUUAUGGCCAUACAAAUUCACCUGGUAUAAAGUUAUAACUGAGAAUAAGCAAAUAAUAUGCAAAAUGUUGAUUAUAAUUAUGAAAACACUGUUACUCAAUGAUAGUUUUAAAGUUCUCCGAAUGUGAGACAGAGUCCAAAUAAACCAAUAAUAACCAAAAUGUCUAUUUGUAAAAGGCAUAAAAGGCAUUUAUUUUCUCAAAAUUGAUUCCUUUAGAAUAGGCCUUUUUGAUGUCAUUUUUAAUAUACUAGAUACUACUACCGCUUCGGAAACAAAUGGCGCUCUGAGCAUUCUUUUCUUUGCGCUCUUUUCUAUAAAAAUAUACAAUAGUGUACAGUCAUUUUGCAUAUUCUUGGUUUGUUCUCAGGUUUAACUUUAUACCAAGUUUAUUUGUAAGGCCGUUAGCCUUUUGAUGGGGCCAUUGUGUGUUGGUCUUACUCCAAUCAGCCCAGGCCCUCCCGGACUGCUUUAGGCGUCCAGAAGAGAUGCUGGAAAUCGGAGGGUUUGUGCCCCUGGUUCAGCCUUCAUGCAUCCCCUGCACAAAGGGCUGUCAGUCACAGCUAUAGUAAAUUAAGACGCUUGUUUAAGUGACCGUAGCCGGUUAUAAUACGUACAAUCUUGCGUAUUUUGUCCCUGUAUUGUCUGAUCACGUUGCGGGCAGACCUCUUUGAUCCCACAGGAACUGCGAUCUUUGUUUGCCGGCAUGCUUUACUAUUUCUCCCUAAAAUUAUAUAGGUAACACCCAAACUCGGGGAGAGUACAAUUUUCGGUCGUUGGAAUUUAAUUUAAUUUUAAUGGUAAUUUCCUCUUGUUUGUGAUGAGGUAAGGUUCUGCCUAUUGUUUUGGAUUUUUGUCAUUGAUGUUCGUCACACCAUUUUUUGUACAAUCUGAAAGGCUGAACCAAUGUUUUUAAUGGAAUUAAAAUAGUUUUAUAGUUAUUGGUGUGUCGAAAUAUCAGUCACUAUAUUUUAACUUGACGUCGGUGCCAACUUUCUUUGGUAAUAGGCGUUGUUCAGGAUUCAUGGCAGUCGGCUCUUGUACUUAAGUAUUUCUUAUUCUUAAAAAGAUGACGGCUCGGAUGCAGCAACAGCUUUACCUCAAAAGAUUGGUUUCUAAUUUUCUGGCCUGACCAGCACCAUUUACCCUGAUUCUUGAUAGCAAACUCAAGCACCGAGUUCCAUGCCAUUUGAAUUAUCAAGGAUAAAUUGUCUAUUACUUACCACCAUAGAAAUCUUAAUAAGAAGGUAGGUAUUAAAAGUGACAUAAUUAAUUACUAUAAUUAUAAUUAAUGACUUAAAGAUCUCCAGCUAGUAAGUAGUGAUUUAGUAUUAAGUGCUGCAUUAUAGGUACCUUCAAUUUUUGUACUGUUAUGUAUAUGCAACAGUCAUCCCGUAAGGAAUUAGUACUAUUAAUAGUUCUAUUAUCUUCUCAUUUCGAUUGUGCAUAAAACCAAUCUAUUAACAAGAAUCCAUCUGCGAUAUUCCCAAGUCAUAAUAUGAGUGCCGUUAAAAUAAGCGGAUUGAAUCAUUUUUCUUUCAAUUUCUAUUCUAUAAAAAAACUGACCUUUGCCAUACUUAUCGAAAGAAAAUAAUCUUUCAUAUUAUUUUCGCGUGUUGAAUCGGAAAAUAUAUUAUAGUUAGUGGUGUUUGUAGGCUUAGUGUGUUAAUGUAUAGUCGUGAAUUGUACCUUAAGAUAUUUUCAUGUCAUGCUUUUAAUUAAGAAAAUUACACACAAUAAUUAUCUGUAAGUACGUAUUGUGCCAUUUUAAACUUUAUUAAUUGGUAAGAUGAAUAAGCAUUCAAUUUGUGACCUUUUUUACUCUAAUAUUAAACAACUGAAAGAUAAA